UGCCUGCUGUGUCCUCCGGACACAUUGAAGCACCAAUCGUCAGACGGGACCUCUGUACGAGGUCCGAUCAUAUGAUCACUGAUUGACCAAUCAGUGAUCACAUGCAAAGUAGUAAGCAAGAUGUCACUUCUGACAUCAUUGCUUAUUACAUCCAUUGAGAACUACUGUGUGAGCUGUGAUUGGCCACAGCUUGUCACAUGGUACAAGGCUGUUGUGAAUAGCCUUGUACCAUGUGACCUCUGUGAUCAUUCACAGAUA